CAGGAACACAAAACCUCACCACAAAUUCAGAGCCCUGGCUUUCGGGCUCUCCGUUCAAGUUUUAUCAGUCGACUAGAAAUGGCAAUUUGCAGUUGGGAAAUCACCUGCUGUUUCUUCUUUAUCUGUGAGAACCGUUUAUUGGCACACAAACUAAGUGUUUGCAAAAUGGAUAAGGAACAUUUCACUUCUGCCUGAAAACAUACCUUUAUACUCUUUGCAUGCGAGGAUACUGGAGUUCCAACAUGCAGAAUAAGCACCGAAAUUCCACUUCUGGGAACAUGACUGGAAUAUACCUCGGAAUGAAAGGGUCACCUCCCCGGUUCAAUCACAUUGCUGCCAUACCACCUCUCUUUCGUAGGCUAAGCCUUUGCCGAGCCAAAACCUCAGUGGAAUAUCAACGCUUUAGAAAAAUUGAAAUGCUGCGAGUGAUCGAGCCCAUGCAAGGUUUCAAAGGUGCUACGGUCAAGGCAAAGGUAAAGUCUGUCAGUCCAGAAGUAGAAUUACACCAUCAGCACCACAAUCGAUCCACUGUGUUAAGCGCCGAGGAACUGAGCAAGUUAGCAAGAAAAGUCUUGAAGGAUUUUGGAAUUCCAAGAGAAAACAACAGUGUCAAUUUGAGCAAAAGAAACAUAAGCCCUAGACUCCUAAGUAGUCGAGGAAAGCUUCUCAAUAGUACCUGCCAGCCAUGCAUCCAAGAAUUAUCUGUUGUCACUAAUUCUGGCAGAAGCAAUGACCACUGCAGGACAACCUUACAAAAACAGGAACUGACUAGGAUCAAACCUUGCCAGAAGGAAAUAUCGGAGAGUGCAAAGCCUAUCCAAUCUGUGAGAAGGAGUCCCAUCAGGCAACUAAGAAGCAGUAAGGCUCAGCAUCUGGCAAUGAACAGGUGUCUUCAGAGUUCUCAGGUGUUUACAAGGACAGAGCAGAGCAGCAGAACUGCAAAAACCUGCUCACAGAACACUACAGAGGACAAAACACUUCUACCAUCAUCAUACGUCAGUGGGAGUCCAUUGCUUCUUCCACGGAUGUCCACUUCUCUUGGAAGAGUCCACUUGGCAGGCCAGUGGGGAUAUAAGAUGCCCAGGCUCAACACAACUUUGGGAAAUGAUCUAAUUUCUAAGACUUUGGAUCUAAAACAGAGGAUAGAUGGCAAUGACACCAGCAAACCGAUUACCAUGGCAACUCCUGUGAAUGGCAAUCGUGUAACAAAUGGAUUGGGAAGGCUGGAUGAAACCAAAAGCAAAUCUUCACACUCAAUAAAAGUAUGUUCUAUCUUCAACUCUGGAGCAAGGACUUCACCCCAUUCAGAAAGAAACGGAGAUUGUCCAGGCAGGAUGAAAGAUGAACAGACUGAUUCAUCUAAAUGCAACAUUCCAGAAAGUUUUGAAGAAGACCACUCAGAACACUUGGAGGUAGAAGGGAGUGAGUUGACAAAGUUGGAGGAUUCAGAAAUACCCAAUACUGAUGAUGAAAAAGACGAUGAAGAAUCACUAGCAACGGACAGUACUGUACAACUCGCGAAACAAAUUGAGGUGAUCAUUAACUUGAAACCAAAGGUGGAAGAAAGCAUUGAAUGUUGCAGUGAGAAAGACCUGCAAAUAAAUUCAGAUGAAGCUCUUGAUUGA